AGUCAUCACUUUAUACCAGACGGGCGAUUUAUGCAUCCUAAUCUCUGUAAGUCAAAACUUGGUACAGACACUUUUUUGGCCCAGGCUAAAACAUGAACAGUAGUAAGGGUUGGCAGUUCUGUUAAAACACUGUUUAAACCCAUUAGAAGACAGCUAAUGUAGCCUACAUAUUUACCUCAGUCCGUUGUUAAUUACCCAGAGUCUGUGAUGUCAGGAAAUAUGUGACAGUAUAACAAAAGCGAACACAUUUGGCCGCUCAUUGUGAUCGUUUAAAGCUACAAAUGACCACCAAAGGAGAAAAAAUGUUUGCAAAUUUAAAAGCUCAAACAUAGAUUAGACGUAUAUAUCUUAGCAGUCUGGUUAGUUUUUCAUCCUUUUAUACAUUUGUAGGUUGUGUGUGAACUGAAAUGUGACCGAAAUGCAGCUUCAUGCAAACAGAGUGACUAACAGAAAGCUGUGUGGCUAGAGAAGCAGCGGAUUUCCUUCCUGGUAGCAGAAGUAUUCACACGUUGGCAUUACACAAACCUGUGAUUAUGGCAGGACUCUGCAGUGUCACAGUGUUGCUGUUCUGGGCCGUGAUUAUCGUCUGGACUGAAUACCCCAGCCAUGCACAAGUCAUCGGGAUCCUUGGCAGCAACAUCACCCUUCAAUUUACAUUCAACGUUAGCAUUACUGAAAACAGUCAAAUUGGAAUUUAUACAACAGGCGAGAAAAAGAUUGAUGAUUUUAAAAGUGGGAAAAGUUCCUUUGAUAUUUACCCCCAAAAGAAUUCUGUAUUUUACCACAUCACAAAUCUCACUCUAAGCCACAGUAACACCUACUGGGCCAGUUUACUUGGUGGUAUCCCGAGAAAAAGUAAUGAAGUGGAGCUGUUCAUUGAAGAGAAGAACACACACAGUACAGACCCCAGCCAUGCACAAGUCAUCGGGAUCCUUGGCAGCAACAUCACCCUUCAAUUUACAUUCAACGUUAGCAUUACUGAAAACAGUCAAAUUGGAAUUUAUACAACAGACGAGAAAAAGAUUGAUGAUUUUAAAAGUGGGAAAAGUUCCUUUGAUAUUUACCCCCAAAAGAAUUCUGUAUUUUACCACAUCACAAAUCUCACUCUAAGCCACAGUAACACCUACUGGGCCAGUUUACUUGGUGUCAUCCCAAUAAAAAGUAAUGAAGUGCAGCUGUUCAUUGAAGAGAAGAAUACACACAGUACAGCCACUGAAACACCCGCUGAGCCUCCACAGUACAAUAGUAAUGCCAUCAUCACUGUUAUCCGUGUCUUCGCCUUCAUCACAUCUUUGGCCUUGGUUGUGGGAGUCUGCAAGAUCUACCAUCUGAAAUGCAUCAAGUCCAGAAACUAAACAGCCACAGAUGGUUAACAGAAGAAAGACGAGACUGAUGGAGCAGAUCCGUGUGUCGUAUACUUUCACACUGGCAUCAAGUUCAUAAAUAACAUAAUGAUUUAUCUGACACAUCUUAAAGAUCUUUUUUUUUCCCUUUUCAGUUUUUUUUUUAAAUGCUUUUUAUAAGCAGAAAAAAAUAAAUACUAGCUUCUAUUAAAUAAAAGCAAAAGUAAACAUGGAAGUGUUGCAGAGGGUCUAAAUACCUUUAGAUGAAAUGAUUUGUUAACAUUUUAUUUUUGGGCUUUUACAUUUGAAACUAUUCUGUAGAAAACCUUCAAUGCAGUGGAUGACAUCAGAGGUUCUUUUACAGCAAACUUGACACUUGUUACAUGUUGUGUUACAUUUAUACGGUGAUUUCCUGUUUGUAAUAAAACUUGGGUGUGUAAUAAAUCCUUAUAAUAUUCAGCUAUUCUAUCAGUAAAUAAUACUGAAAU